AUGCACAGGCGCAUGCAGAUGGGAGAGAUCGGAGGUGGGGGUGGUGCCAUUGAAACAUGGGAGGGCCCAGCCACCUGCGAUGUCGAUGAGCUUGGGAAAGCGAAGCAACUUUGUCGCGCGAGGACAGGCGGCCGGCUCCAUGUUGCCGCAUUCGCUGUGAUGAAGGGUCGCUGCCCCAUUUCUGUGCGAGAGAGUCCUGGUCACCCGUGGAUAAUUUUAUCAGGCUGGGGAUGUAUUCCUAGCAGAGACUAUGUGUUCGGUGCGCUUUUACGUGGGUGCGUGGAUGGGUGCGCUGUGUUCCCCCUGGGCGUGCGUGGUGCGUCCAAGCGUCGAUGGCGAAUUUGGGUCCGCGGAGGGAGAUUUGGAAGGGGCGAUCUUACGUGCUCGAUAAGAUGUGCGGGGGCAAAGUAUAAAUCUCUCCGCUCGUAUUGUUUGCGCUUUUGUGCCCCGCCCGUGCAAUUGUUCUGCCCCGUGCGCCAGAGGACAAAGAAAACUAUCCGCAUCCACGCAGCGACACCAUUAUCCUCCCUUUCCUCCUCUCUCCUCAUUGUCCCUCCUUACGACCACGCGCCACCGCUCAUUCACAACCACAUCAUGCCCGCCCUACGCACUCGCGAUACCCAGUCCCGAACACUAGAAGUGUCGACGGAUGCACCAGCCGCCCCCUCCCUCCACAUCGUAUCGCCGACGCCACGCGCCUUCACCUUCUCUACUCCCCACAACCUCACCGACAGUCCUUACGCCUCGCCCUCGUCUUCUCCUUUCGAACCCGACCUUCGUUCGUUCCCUCAGCCAUGUACAUUAUCAUCUUCCUCAUCCUCGAUGAUCGCCACGCCCCCACCGCAUUCCUACGCCGUCCUGCGCGCCGACUCACCCUUCGCUCGCGCACCAUCACCGCCAACCCCCGCGCACAACCACAAGCGCCGAAAAUCAUCAUGCAGUAGUGACGUCGUCGAACGCAGGCCGAAGAAAGGCGACGAGGACUACAUCAAGCGCCCCGAGAACGCGUUCAUCCUCUUCCGCCGCAAGUGCUGCGAGGACCGCCAGCAGGCCCAGGAGGAGGCCGCCAACGCCGACGGAGGUGCGGGCGCAGGACCCACCAAGAAGCAGCGCCAGGCCGAUCUCUCCAAGACGAUCAGCCAGCAGUGGAAGAGCCUUUCCCCCGAGGAGCGCCAGUUCUGGGAGCAGCUCGCCAAGGACAAGAAGAAGGAGCACGAGUCCAAGUAUCCCAACUACGUCUAUCGCCCCCAGCGCGCGAAGGACAAGGACGGCAAGACGAAGAGCAACAGCAAGAAGGCGUCGUCGGCUUCCUCGACUGCAGCGGCUGCAUCGGCGGCGGCGGCGCAAGCGCAGGCGGAAGCGGCGUCCAAGGCGAUGGGGUACGACGAGUCCGAGAGCGUCUCGUUGUCGUCCCCGUCUCGCGCCCGCACGGCCGUUCCGCGUCUGCGCCAACCCCGCCUCCGUAUCAGUCCAUCCAGAUCCCCAACGUCUACCAUCUCACGCCAUCCUGUCCGACCUCGCCCUCGCUCCUGCCCAUGA